AUGGGCAACCAACCCUCCGUUCCUAAGCCAGGUACCAAGUUCCAGGUCAUCGGCGCUGGCCUCUCGCGCACGGGGACUGCAUCAUUUAGCGAAGCAUUGUGCAUUCUGCUUAACGGGCCAGUCUAUCAUGGUGGUACGCAAGCCACGCUGGGACCUGAAGUUGAAAUCAAAUCUUUGAUCAAACUCCUCUCGCAUUUCCCACAAAAGUCACCCUCCGAUAAAACGACAAUUCACGACCUGCUGAAGCAGCGCUUGGACGGCUAUGCUGCAGUUACCGAUGCACCAUUUAGCGGGCUAGUUGAAGAGUUGCUUGAGACGUAUCCCGAUGCAUUGGUCAUCUGCACGAUUCGGGAUCCAGAAGCAUGGGUCAAGAGCAUGGAAGUGGUACAGAAUGCAUCGACGAUGUGGUUUCUACGUUUUGUGCUCUUCCCUGUUCCGGGCAUGCGUCAUUUCGUCGACUUUAUCGAUGGCCUAAGAAUCCAAUGGAUACACCUCUAUGGCCGCGGGGAACCAGUCACGGCCGCAACCUACGAAAGGCACAUCGCUUACUUGAAGAAAGUCGUGCCGGAAGAUAGGUUGGUCUUCUUCAGUGUCAAGGACGGUUGGGAGCCACUGUGUAAGGUGCUGGGCAAAGAGGUUCCGAAGGAUGUCCCUUUCCCGAAAAUUAAUGACGGAGAAGCUAUUGAUAGGCUAGCGAAGAAGAUGGUGACCAAGGGUUUGCUGCGAUGGCUGGCCGUUUUUGGUAUGAUGGGAGCGGUUGCUAUUCCCUUGUCCUUGAGAUGGUAG